AUGUCCAACGUGCACCAGGUCCUCAUUAAGACUCAGCAGGCCGAGUUGCAUCGUGGCUGUCAUCCAUAUCAUCCUGGUUGGCAAACGGCCUAUGGAUAUGUUCCGUCCGAGGCUGCGGGCAUUGUCUUCUGUGCCUUGUUCGGGGCCUCGCUGCUGGUCCAUGUUGUACAGUUCUCGUGGAAACGGAUGUGGUGGCUCUGUGUCUUCCCCGUUGGGUCUUUAGUCGAAUUGAUUGGCUGGGCAGGGAGAACAUGGUCUUCGAAAUGUGUUUAUAAUCAAAAUGCAUUCCUGAUGCAGAUCUCAACAUUGAUCAUUGCCCCGACGUUCUUCACGGCUGGAAUUUAUAUCCUGCUCGGUCGGUUCAUUUCCAUCUUCGGUCGUCAGUCCUCUGUCCUCUCGCCCAAGGCGUAUCUGUGGAUCUUCUGUACGUGCGAUAUCAUCUCGUUGGUCGUCCAGGCAGUAGGAGGUGGUCUGGCCUCGUCGGCAUUCGCCAAAGAAGGCGGCAACACGGAUCCAGGAUCGAAUACGAUGGUCGGAGGUGUGAUCUUCCAGCUUGCCUCGAUUACGGUCUUCGUCAUCUGUGCGGCGGACUUCUUACGCCGGGUGAGCAAGAUGGGUGUGCUGCGCACAGCCUCGGUGUCGUUCAUCCUCUUGAUGUUGGCAAUGGUCAUCUCGGUCCUGUGUAUCUAUGUUCGCAGUAUCUACCGGACUAUCGAGUUGCUGCAGGGGUGGAGAGGGUACCUUAUCACACAUGAGUUGUACUUUAUUGUGCUGGAUGGUGUGAUGAUGGUUGUCGCUUCGGCGAUCUUCAACGUCGUCAGUCCGGCUUUCUUGCUGGACUCGGUCAAGGUGGCGACGUUGCAGGACGAUCGAUCUGCCACUGAGUUGACGGAGCCGAAGCCGGAGUAUGAGAGAGAAAGCUCCUCGUGGAUUUAA